UAUCCACUAAAAUUGGAGCCACAUAGCAGCUUUCUGCGAGAAACAUCGCCUCACAAAUCGGACAUAUCGAAUUGGCGAUCCAGCUGCACUAGUGAUCACAGAUCCUUAAUUCCCACUGGUCUGCCUACCUGUAGCUUCACUUCCGGUGGCCAAGAGAUCUCCCACUUCCCGAUUGACACUUCUCGCCCUCCCAUCGGUCACUCUCCAGCACAACUGACUCGCAUAGACCUGCCUCUUUCCACCUGCGUCGGAUCUGUCUCCAGCACAUCUCCGGACAUGGCCAACAUGGUCAUUUCCCACGCAGCUUUGUGCUCUUCAUCGAAUAUCAGCGCUCCAACCUCCAGCCACGUCCCACAGGUAGAUCAUUACAGGCCCGACUGUCUAAUUAUGCAUAGGACAAAGAUGGGGUCGGAUGCCGCGUAUGCUAGAGACCUGUUGGCUAUCAACAAUAAUGACUCUCAUUUAGAUCAAUUGAUGUCAUCAAAUGGAAUCUCUGCCAGCAUAGCAACGUCAAAUGUCAACGCUACAACCCCCAAUAGCACGCCCUCAUCUUCUCGAUCAUCGUCCUCUUCUUCCUCGGAUUUCUUAACACAUCUGCCCACAUUUCAGGGUUUUGCCGCUCCAGGCCAGCCUCGAGACCUUUCUCCAAAACCCCUUCGACGCGAACAGUCGCCGUUCACGUGGUCCUCCAGCGUACAUAUGCCGCAGGGCACUGCUACUUUUCAUCAAAUCGACUUGCAUCCAGUGCAUCAUGUGACUGUGAACGAGACAAAUCGGGUUCCAGGCUGUCCGGACGACAUUGAUCUCAGCCUGGUUAGGCUCGAGCAGGAGGAAGACAAAAGCGAAGGGGAGGCUGUGCUCUCGGGAUACCACCAAGUGGAGGAAGGAAAGGAGGUGGGUGAAGAGGAAGACGAAGAGGGAGAGGAGGAGGAAGAAGAGGAAGAUGAGGAAGAAGAGGAAGAUGAGGAAGAAGAGGAAGAUGAGGAUGAGGUUGACGAUGAUGAUGAAGAGGGUGAGGAUGAGUACGAAGAGGAAGAAGGCAAGGGAGAGGCGCAUCGCUGUAUCAGCCUUCCCGCAGAUUCCUACUGUUCAAGAGGCGCUUCAUACCUCGGCUUCUACGCGGAUCCGACAAGUGGGACGCACCAAAUGGCUUGUCUUCCUCCGGGUCUUAACCAGGUCCUCGACGGCCAAACGGGCGUGCAGGCCUUACGUGCCUUAGUCGGCCGGCUGCCGGGCGGCGCUGGCUGCUCCGGUACCGACGACUCAGCAUUCCCGUCCAGCCUCAACACAAACUCGACAUGGUCUCGAGGCGACGAUCUGACCCGGUCGGCAUCCAUCGCCGUCGCCGCCGGCGGGAUUCCAGGCCAGCUGAGACUGACCGAGCCUGGAGACCAGACACGAGGCCUGAUGGCGGUCGAGUUCAUCUGUGCCGAGGUCGUCGAAGAGGUCGGCUCUCGGGGUCGUCGCGACUCGACCUCCUCGUCUGCCUCCGACUCCCUCGUGGGGCUCACGGACGGUGCACUGCCGCUCUCGACUUCCUUCGUCUCGCCGUGCCAACCGCUCGGCGAACCCACGCCCACAAUGGUCAAACUGCAAGCAAAGUUGCCGGGCUAG